GAAGCCUGGUAACCGGGUGUAUACGUGAGCACGCACUGCAUAUCCGACACGUGUCUAACGCCGUCCGUUUGGUGGAAUCUUUCUCUGCAGUGAAACGCACCCCUGCAGCCCCACUAACCCACCAAGAGCGAGUCCUCGUCCUGCCGUCCAACCUAUAUGCUCUCGUUCCUAUCCAUUCUAUCCUCUCCUAUCCUCUCAUUCUAUCCUCUCCUAUCCCCCCCAAUGCCUCUCUCUCUCUCCUAGGACCGGCCUGCGACACCGCCCUCUGUGGACCGACGAGCUCCACCACGAGCAUGGCCCGGACGAUACCCGCGACGGCGGCUGCUCUGCGCGGGGCAGCUGCGGCGGGAAGCGGACAGCCCUGCGCGCACCCGGCGGCGGCGUGGCCCGUGAUGGCCGUGACGGUCGACAUGGGCAGCGCGCGGAGGUCGGCGAGGAGGGGAAGACCCAGGCGGUUCUCCCAGGCGUGGUCGAAGCCGUUGGAGAAGCACUUGCCCUCGGCGGCCGGGACCGGGGCACCGGCGCCGACCCCUGGUUCCUGGGUGGUGAAGGAGCUCCUCCUCCGUGGCUACCGCGUCGGGGGAACCGCUAGGGAUCCUGCCGACGGCAAGAACGCGCACUUGUUGGCCCUGGACGGAGCGGAGGAGAGGCUCACCCUCCGCCGCGCCGACCUUCUCAACUACGACAGCCUCCCGCGCCGCCUUCGCCGGCUGCAACGGCGUCUUCCACGCUUGUCUCCAACGACCCCGUCGGUCCCCUGCUCGCUCCUCACUUGCUUGGAUAGGGAGUGGACGCCAAUGGAUGCCCGGGAAUGCCACGGUGCACUUCAUCGAGAGGAUACCGAGAUCUCCAUGUCUGUUUUAUUAAUUUCUCUGUUCGAUUCUCUCGGAAUCUUGCCUCGGUGA